AUGAAUUCAGAUGUAAGGGAAAGAAAUAUUAAUUUUUUUCAAAAUACGCUUGAAACUCGUGGCAAAAAGGAAAAAGUUAAGGUGUAAAACAAGGACAUUUUAUUGAGGGUGGAUGAAUUAUUUGGGUAGAUUGAAUAAAAUCGAAUCAAAGAGUAAGAGAGUGAUAGAGUAUUUCCAAUAAUUGAUAACAUUUAAAGAAGAUAGUUUUAGUAUUCAAAAUAUAGAACAGAAGUAUUAAGUAAUUCAUGUAAUAAAGAUAAUUUGGUAUUAACAAAAGUAUUGAGUUCAAUGCCUCUUUAUAAAUAAGAAAAAAUAUUUGAAUUAAAAAAAUAAGGGUUAAGAGAAUUUUUAGAAAAAUAGCUAAAUAAAACUCAAAAUUUAAAAACUUAACAGUUACUCCAAAAAAAAGAUUCAUUAUUUGAAGACUAAAAUAAAUUGAUAAAUGAAUAGAAAUUACUAGAUACAUCAUAAAUUCAAAGUGAUUCAGAGGUCUUGAUAAAGGGAGGAUUGAGAAUGCGAAGUCCAGAUGAGACCAUAACAUUUUUGAAAAACCAUUUUGGAGUAAUAGUUAGAUCGCCUCAGAAAUCCAAAUUAAAAAGUAGAAAAGAGUUGGAUUAAGAGGAAAAGUAAAUGGAGAGAGAUAGACGGAAACUAUAUAACGUAAAAGAUAAAUUAGAGAUGUACUAUACGACUUUAGAGGGAGUAAACCCUACAAUAAAAAGAAGAUAGGAGGAAUAAACUCAAUUGUUAAAUCAAUCACAAAUGUUAGAUUAUUCAAAAUCAAGUGAGAUAACUCCGAUGAAUGACAAGGAGAGUAAUAACAGUAUUUUUAAUCGAAACUAAUAUUAUGUUGAUCAUUAUAAUAAUAUCAAGUUAGGGAAUAGCAGCAUCAAGGAUAUGAAAAUGAGAAGUACGUUUUAUCGGAAUCACAUAGCAAAUGAAUUUAAUGAAUGA